AUGCCUCCACUGAGCGGGAAUUUUGCUCGGCCCAUGAUGGCCGACCCGGAUUUCCUCUUCCUCAUCUUCUACGCCGCCAUCAUUAGUGAGAGCAUACUAUGCGCGCUUCGCGCGCGUCCGAUGCAGCCUGCCUCUUGGUCAUCGGCCUGCUGGCCUCCCUGUUCUUCCUUCUGGCCGAAUGCAACGACGCCGAAGAGCAGCAGCAGCAGCGCGAGCUCUGCAUGGAGCACCCCGCAACUGUGGCACAGCAGCGCGUCGUCCAAAGACGGAAGGACGUUCACGAAUUCGCAGGUGCUGGCCUUCAACGUGUCCAACUUCGUGGCCGUCAUGUUCCUCAAGGCGCUGCUCGUCGCGCUGGGCCUCGCCACGGGAUUCAGCGGUUUCGGACUCUACACGGCCAGGCGCACAGAUCCACCGCACGAGUUCGCCGCGUUUCAGUACCACCCGAGGCGGCCAUCUUCGCACCCAGCGUACGAGCCGCCCGAAGACCACGGACACAUACGGUGGGCGACCACGUACCUGUCUUCCCUGAAUACGGGUGACUACCGGUGCCUCAAGAGGAUUGCGUGCGAACAGCCAGAAAGAGCUCGAUUUUACGCAGGUCUGAAGGACACAAUUGUUGCCGCACUCAGGAUGGUUCCGUGUGUUACAGAAAAAUUCAGUCGGUGCCAACUAGCCCAGCUACUAAAUUCAUUCUCGACUGAAACUCUUUGUUCAUUUUGGUUUUUUUUUUUUUCCAGGAUGUACUCUCAAAACCCGGACCACGACAAAAUCACGGCAGCAGUGCGGUCAGCUGCGCAGAUAGGAACGAGGUACCACCAACUCUGCCGAAUCAAGUUUCCCUGCAAAAGCCUCUAGUCACAAGGAUGACGUCAAAUGUUUCUGUAAUAUACUAGGUUUGCACAGUGUCCAUAUCUGAAACGUGACUCACAACACUCGAUUUGUGAGCACAUCACCAAUUAAUUAUGCAAUUAUUCUAUUUAUAACCUAUAGUCGGAUUCAAGUAAAGAAGUAUGAACAGGACACACCCGAACAGCCAAAGCGUGGCAGCUGAUUGACUCUGUAACAGAAGAAAUAGGCCUGCUCAUGCACUUGGCAAUGUUCUUCAAAGGCUCGGUCACCAGUACUCAAGAUGUCAGUCCAAGGUGUGCGCACAUUAGUGCUGGCUUGUGUGCAUUGGCGUUUGAGUGCAGCCUUU